CCUCACGCGUUCAACAAAUGAAAGUGGUCAAUAAAGAAACAAAACAGGGCUAUUGACCCACAAAACUCCUAUAAAAAGAAAGAAAGAGCUCGUAAUUAUGUAAUCAAGAAACGUUUAUUUUGUACUAUUAUUAUACAUAUUCAAAACAAAAGAAGAAGUUUUAUUAUUAAUUAAUAAGAUGGCUCCCCAAGAAAAUUGCUGUGGCCAUAAUAAUAAUAAUGGCAUGAUGAUUCCCAGCUUCAUCUACUCUUCUUCUUCUAUGAAAAGUGGAAUGAGUAUUCCAAUUAGGAAUAAGGAGAGAAUAGUGAUUCCGACACCGAAAGAGGAGAAGAAGAAGUUGGAGAUGUAUACGCCGGCGUUUUACGCCGCAUGCACGUUGGGAGGGAUUUUAAGCACAGGCCCUACUCACAUGGCUGUCACUCCUCUUGAUCUUGUCAAGUGUAACAUGCAAAUUGACCCAGUGAAGUACAGAAGUUUAGGCUCAGGGUUUGGAGUAUUGCUCAAGGAACAAGGUAUAAGAGGGUUGUUUAGAGGUUGGGCCCCAACAUUGGUGGGAUACAGUGGUCAAGGUGCUUGCAAAUAUGGGUUCUAUGAAUUCUUCAAGAAGUACUAUUCAGACCUUGCUGGGCCUGAGUUUACAGCCAAGUACAAGACAUUAAUCUAUUUGGGGGGUUCAGCAUCAGCAGAGUUCAUUGCUGGGGUGGCUCUAUGUCCCAUGGAGGCAGUCAAGGUUCGUGUCCAAACUCAGCCUGGUUUUGCUCGUGGCUUGUCUGAUGGCCUCCCCAAGCUUCUCAACACCCAAGGGGUAUCUGGGUUAUAUAAAGGGCUUCUUCCACUUUGGGGACGUCAGAUUCCUUAUACAAUGAUGAAAUUUGCCUCUUAUGAGAACAUAGUUGAGCAAUUGUACAAACAAGUGAUCCCCAAACCCAAAGAAGAGUGUAGUAAACAAGUACAGUUGGGAGUUAGCUUUGCUGGUGGUUAUUUAGCUGGUAUAUUAUGUGCUCUCAUUUCACACCCUGCUGAUAACUUGGUCUCUUUUCUCAACAAUGCCAAAGGAGCUACUUCUGCUGAUGCCAUAAAACAGCUAGGAAUGUGGGGUCUCUUUACUCGUGGCCUUCCUGUUCGUAUAGCUAUGAUUGGAACUUUAACUGGUGCUCAAUGGUGUAUCUAUGAUUCCUUUAAAGUUUUUGUUGGAUUUCCAACAACAGGUGGUGUCACUACUACUACCAACCCUGCUUCAGCCAAGAAUUGAGGAAAAAAUCCCACGGUUCAACAAAGAUAUGACUUAUAAGAAUAAUUAUUACAAGAGUGAUUUAUUUAUUUAGUUUUUUUCUUUUUCCAAAUAUCUAUAACUUACUAUUGUUGAUGCCACUGGCAGUGAGCUAUUGAAAAAAGAUUGUGUUUUUUUUUUCCUAUUUUUUAUAGUAUAAAUGUGGUUCAAGACGUUUCAGUCUUGGUGUUGUAACAAAAUGAUACAUUUAUUUAAUGUGUUUCUUACAGCUUAUACUCAUUUGAGCAACAAAAA